AUGAUCGAUGUUAGGGGGAGGGGAAGGGGAAAAAAAGAAAAGGGUAGCGUUAAAACUAGCGAACGUAUGUUGAUUUUCGGAAACGUCACCGAGCCAUCGGCUCUGCGUUUUUCGACCAUCCCGUCUGAGGAAAUCGUGUUUGAAGACGUGUGGGCAGUGGGUUUUAUGGAAGUUAUGGAUACCACGGGCCGAAAUACUGAUUUAUCCUGCAUAACCGCAAUCCUAUCAUGUUUCGUUCUGUCGGUGAUGUACGUCGCGAGCCUCUAUGUAUGGAAUUCACCGUACAGUAGGGAACAUCCUACUGUAAUAAAAAAAAGAUUUUUUAGCGUCUUCAUUAUGUCUCUUAUAUCUCCUGCUUUACUGUAUUUUGGAAUAAAUGAGAAAGUAUUUCAAAAGGCAACAAUUUGGGAAUUAUUGGGUCUACGAUGGCCUGGUUUAAUUCAAGCAAUCUUAAUACCAUUGUUACUAACAAUGAUAUUAUUUCUAGGGCCAAUAUGUGUACAAGGUUUUAAUGGACUUUGGAGAUUAUAUACUGAGCCUAUGUAUUGGCUUGGAAGUGUACGAACGAUAAUAUGGUGGAGAAAUUUAGUAGUUGCUCCUUUAGCUGAAGAAUGGACAUUUAGAGCAUGUAUGUUACCAUUGCUUUUGCAAUGUUUUACACCAACUACUGCCAUAUUUAUAUGUCCUUUAUUUUUUGGUGUUGCUCAUUUUCAUCUUGUAGUAGAUAGAGUAAGAGCAGGCAUGAAUCUUAAGCAUGCCCUUUUUAUCUCUUUUUAUGAGUAUAUAAAUCUUUUUGAUACUUUUGGUAUAGGUUUUCAAUUCGUAUUCACAACAUUAUUUGGAGCAUAUGCUGCUUUUCUUUUCGCUAAAACAGGACAUUUAGCAGCGCCAUUUACGGCACAUUCUUUUUGUAAUCACAUGGGAUGUCCUGAUUUUUCUGAAGUUGUUGCAGUUAAAGAUCCAUUAAAAAGAGCUGGAUUGUUUUCUUUGUUUGUAAUUGGACUAGUAGCUUGGUGUUUUUUAUUGACGCCAAUGACAAAUCCAAGAUUAUUUUAUAAUAAUUUAUUUUGGCAUAAAAAUUUUAUAUGA